UAAAAAAUAAAAAAAAUCAGGGAAUUGAAGUUGCAGAAAGAAAGAGACAAAGAAGACCAAAAAGAUUCACAUCAGAGGGGGAAGUGGAAUCAUCACAUGCUUUGUGUUUUACUACUACUAUAAAACAGCUUGUUCAACUCCAUCAUCUCUUAAUUAAGCUCACUCCCAGAAAAAAAAACCCCAACUAAACCGUCACCCACGCGCCUCCGCACGUCUCACACGCGCACUUCCCCCAUUCUUCAAUUCCAGUCUGUAAAUUUCUGUCUGGAUACCAUACCACCACAUCGUUCGACUGUUCCCUUUUCUUUUUCUUUUCUUUCUCCUCUAAAUCUCCGCCGGCUCAAACAUCUUUCCUGUUGGCGGCGGCGGCGGCGGCGGAAAGAGUAAACGGGAGUCAGAGAGAUGGGCGAUGAUUACUUAAAGCUGUUUGUCGCGGAGACGUCGUGGUACAAUGACAUUGUCCUGGGCUCCCUUUUGCCGGAGAGUUGGUGGGCCCCUCUCCCUCAUUUCUUCCGGGGAUGGCUCCGCAACUACAUUGGCGGCACCUUGCUCUACUUCAUUUCCGGGUUUCUCUGGUGCCUCUACAUUUACUACUUGAAGAAGAACGUCUACGUUCCCAAAGAUGCAAUCCCUUCAAAUAGAGCCAUGCUCUUGCAAAUAUACGUGGCGAUGAAAGCUAUGCCUUGGUACUGUCUUCUUCCCACACUCUCUGAGCACAUGAUUGAAAGCGGGUGGACGAGGUGUUUCUCGAGGAUAAGUGAUGUUGGAUGGCCUCUGUACAUUUUAUACAUCGGUAUUUACCUUGUUAUUGUGGAGUUUGGGAUUUACUGGAUGCACAGAGAGUUGCAUGACAUAAAACCUCUGUACAAGUAUCUCCAUGCUACCCAUCACAUCUACAACAAGCAAAAUACACUGUCUCCAUUUGCUGGUUUGGCAUUCCAUCCUUUGGAUGGUAUACUGCAGGCAGUUCCACAUGUGGUUGCACUCUUCUUGGUGCCAAUGCAUUUCACAACACACAUAGCGCUCUUAUUUAUUGAGGCUAUAUGGACUGCGAACAUCCAUGAUUGUAUACACGGUAAAAUAUGGCCAGUAAUGGGCGCUGGUUACCAUACCAUUCACCACACCACAUAUCGCCACAAUUAUGGUCACUACACGAUAUGGAUGGAUUGGAUGUUUAACACUCUUCGUGACCCUGUAGAGGAUGAAGCCAAAAAGUUGUAAUGUGAAUCCAUGCUUUGGAAUGACUUGGGUGGUUGUUUUGGUCAGUUUGUAAUUCCAUUACCAGGCUCUAUUUCUGUUAGGACCAAAAUCGACCAAUUGCCAAGCGGCAAUCAACAACAACAGGGAGAAUGCAGCCUAGCCCAACUGAGUGAUCUCAUUUUGUUUUCGCCACUUGUUAGUGUGUUUUAUAUGGCUAGGUAGAUAACAUAUAAGCAUGUGUGAUUAUGUAGUGAUAUUGUUCUUAUCCCAUUUACCAGAAUUAUGACUUCCUUUUCUGGAUUGUAUUGACUUCAAUUUGCUGCAUAAUUUCUGUACCAGAUCAUGCAAGGAUUGGUACCCAUAGGGAACCAAGUGAAUCCAAGCGCUUGAAAGUUCUGUGUUUUUGACAAGUUUGUAACUUUGAGCCAUACCCCAGAAUGCCAGUAGAUGCAAAUUAGUUGGGAAUGGUUCCGGCAACUGAGUUAUACCAACAAAAAGGGUUCUUACAUAAGCUUGAGAAUUAGUGGCUAUCCAAUUAUGGGCUGCCGUUAUGAUGUGCUCUGGAACCUACAUUCUGUCCACCUUAAUCUAAAUGAGUCAUCUGGGGUCCUAUUUUUGUUCAUGCAACCAGCCAUUUCUAAUGAGUAAUUCUGCAGGCAGAGUUGAUUCAGAAGAUAAUUGUGUGGAAAUGUGUGAAACUGCGGAGAAAGAACUGGCUGAGACAGUAAGGUUUUUAAGCUAUGAUAUCCUUACAGAGCACAUGUAAACGGUCCACUCUUUAAAAGGCGCAGGGCUCAAAAAGAAGCACAUUAGCGGGCAUUGCUCGUUGCUGAUUUUGGGAUACAAGUCAAACCCAAGCUUAGAAGUACAAUAUUGAACAUGGGAGAUAUGACACGAAGGAGAUGCAUUGUUGACGGAGGAAAAAUUCAACUGGAAAUAUUGACAUUGGAGCCCGGAGUCGGAAGGAACAGCGUGAAGUCAUUAUCCAUCAAUCUGGAAAAUGUAAAUAAUCAUGACUCCUGACAAAUUAAACUGAAAGUCUUCAAAUAAAGUAAACGAAGCUUACAUGGUGCAAACCACGGUAAAUUAUGCUUAGAUUGUGGUUAACUUGAAACCUUAUUCCUCGCAGAUCGACAACGUUGUCCAAGAUUCCUGCAAGUUGGAAUUCAUAGCUACAGGGGAAUCUAUAAAAGGUUUUGGUGGAAUCUCCAACGAAUGGAGGCUACCCUCAAGCAUUUCUACAACCUUACUGAUUGAUGGCCUGUCAGCUGGAUAUGUUUGGAUGCACCAUAGUCCUACUAAGAUCAUCUUCAUUGCAUUCUCUUCCUCUUUGUCAUUCACCACGCCUUCGACUGGUAAGGAUUUUCCAUCUUCCACAUGCUCAUAUAUCCAAUUCGGAAAAUAGCUUUCGCUAGUUUGUUGUGAAUUAGGCUCGAGUUUCCUUCUCAAGCCGACCAUUUCAAGUACCAUCAUUCCAUAACUAUAGAUGUCGGAUUUAUGAGAAACUCCACCAAAGUUUCGGCAAAAUACUUCUGGGGCAACAUAUCCAAUGGUCCCUCUAGCAGUCAUUGUAGUUAAAAUGCUCUCAUUCCUCUUGUACAAUUUAGCUAAGCCAAAAUCACUAAUCUUGGGACAGAAGUUUCUGUCCAGAAGUAUAUUCUGAGGCUUUAUGUCAAAAUGAACAAUUCUUGUGUUGCAACCCUGGUGCAGAUAUUCCAGUCCUCGUGCAAUGCCAACUGCAAUUUUGUACAACAAUUCCCACUCCAACUGAUCUUUCAUUGUGUCCUGUGAAGAUUCCUUCUUAGUUAUGAACUUAUCCAAGGAUCCAUUCGGCAUGAACUCAUAGAUCAAUGCUCUCUUUCCCCUGUUGUAACAGAAGCCUAAUAGAUUGACAACAUUAACAUGGGAAGUUCUGCUAAUAGCGGCAACUUCAUUGAUGAAAUCCUCACCAUUCCCCUUGUUAUCAUUCAAGACCUUGACAGCUACCUCACGACCAUCAGACAGCGUACCUUUGUAUACACAACCAUAACCGCCAUGGCCCAAUUUGUUCUUAAAUGAACUGGUCAUCUUCUUGAUUUCUGAAUAAGUGUAUAACUUGGGAGCGAUGGAUCCGUAAUUCCUUAUGAACUCCUGAACGAGUUGGUUGUUUCUUUUCUUCGACUUCCAGUGAAUCAGUGCCUCCCACCAUGAGUUCUUUUUAGCAAGGCAGUAGAUUAAUAUUAUGAUUACUACUGAAGUCACUGCAGGGACUAUAAAGAUUGCUGCAUUUGUAGUUUGAAUUAGUUAGCUUUAUAAAAUUGGUGGAAUUAAGUCAGAUGCUCCAAACUCUAUGGAUUACCUGCAACUCGAGAAAACUUCACGGUACUGCUUGUUCGAGCUGCUUUGUCAACAGAAGACAAAAGAAGUGCUAGAGAAUGAACAAUAACCAAAAACUAAUAAUUAAAAAGUAAAUAAUAAAUCAAGAACAUAGGAAUUACUGAUUGGAUUGCUCCAAGGAAAAACCAAGUUUAAAUCCAUUUGAUUGGUCAGGAUUGGAAUACUGUCACCCAAAAACUGUAAGAAUGAAGUUAAAGGACUGGGAAUAUUAGUAGAAGUGCCUGAAAAGAGGUAAACUUACCAGAGCAUGCCAGAUCGUAGGGACGAUCAAAGCAGUAGCACACAAAUGAACUGGAAGCAUAAUUGUACCCGCAUCGCCCGCCUGACUGAAUGCAUCCUUCACAGGCUGUAUUAUUUGCUUCAUAUUGCAAUGUAAAGCCAGCGCGUAGCACAUUACUUAGGCCAACAACAUCCAUUAAAUUCUGAGCAGAAGUCUGAUGAACUGGUACAUGUAUGGUGCUAUUGCAUUUAAAUUGAGAAAGGAAAGUUGUAUCGGAAUCACUCAUAGUGAAAAAAUUGCGAGUUGAGGUACCAUUUACAACACAAGUAAACUCAUUCGAUGGAUUAGCCCUGGACCGAGAAGAAGAAGGGCAACCGUAAAAAAGAGUAAGGUUUUGAGUGUUGCUAGCGUAGCUGAAGAUGUUGGAAUCCAAAGUAGUGUUUUUGAGAAGUGCGGAACAAGUAUUAUUCCACAUAUCCUCUCUUGUAACAGUUACAGUUUUCAAAGGGGAGUAAUCCAGGCCGAGGGCGAGGACUAUGUAUGUUAGAUCUCCGAUCCUCAUCCUGGCGCCGUUAUGGCAACUUACCUGGAAACCUGGAUAACCGCAACCAAUGUUUGGUUCAUUCCCAGUCCAAAAGGGAAAAGUGAAGUUUAUGUCUCCACACUGAAAGCCGCCACCACCACAGGCCAAAAACUGUGGAUGCUGGCACAGUGAUUUCGGGACGUGAAUCAAACACAAGCUUAGAAGAAUAAUGAAUGUGGAAAUGAUCAGAACGAGAUCCAUCCUUCCCAGAGAAAUGAAGCCAAUUGAAAAAAAAAAAAAAUGAAAUGGGGAGAACCUGAAGGAUCGCUGGGAAAUCAUCAAACACCAUGUCAAGCUGACAAUGUGACUUAACAGCAGUUGACUCAUUGAGUCAAGUCUUCGAUACUUUUAUUAGUUUAUUUUUUUAUUGCUUUUCUGAAAAACAACUAGAAGAAAUUGAAGGCCUCGUUAAGACUUAUUCAAUCAAAUUCGCAGUCAAUAUAACAAUAAUGCAAAAAAUAUGCGUGGCUUACUUUGACUGUGAAUGAAUGGUACAGCUAUCAUUCUGUUUUUUCAUAAAGCAAAUCAGUCAAAGAAUUCUCACUCAAGGCGGUUGCUCUUCUUGGUAAACUUUGCAGCUCGUGAUAUAUCUGCAACUGAUAUCAUUUGUUCUCUCUGCUACAGUACCAGAAGAGAUUGCACUGUCCAGGCUGUUUUACUUGAGGUUUAUGGUUCAAAAAUAGUGCGUAGAUAGUGCAAAAUCACGCGCAUUAUUUUGAUUGUAUUGACUGUUGAGUGUUGAUUGAAUAUUUGUUUUCAAUUAUCAAGUUUUUAAGCCUGUAAAUUUGAAGCUUCAAGAGAGAGUAAUAGAUUAGGAUGUCAGUCAUAACUAGGUAACAUUCGUACACAAUUAGAAGCCUAUACCCUUAUAGUGGCCUAACUACAUGAAAAAACAAUUGAUAAAUAGUGUUUCUGUUUUACUUGAAACCUUAUGCCUCAGAAGUUGUUAACGUAGUUGUCCAAGACUCCUGCAGAUUGGAACUCGUCGCUGCACGAGAAUCCAGGAAAGGUUUAGGUGGAAUCUGCAAAGAAUGGAGGCUACCCUCAAGCAUUUCUACAACCUUACUGAUGGAUGGUCUGUCAGCUGGAUUUGUUUGGAUGCACCAUAGCCCAACUAAGAUCAUCUUCAUUGCAGUCUCCUCCUCUUCUUCAUGCAUUGUACCUUCGACUGGUAUGGAUUUCCCAACUUCCACAUGCUCAUAUAUCCAAUUUGGAAAGUACAGUUCACCUGUUUCUUGUGGAUCAAUUUCGGGUUUUCUUCUCAAGCCGACCAUUUCAAGAACCAUCAUUCCAUAACUAUAGAUAUCUGAUUUAUGAGACACACCACCAAAGUUCCGACAAAACACUUCUGGCGCGAUAUAUCCAACUGUUCCUCGGGCAGUCAAUGUCGAUAAAAUACUCUCUUUUCUCUUAUACAAUUUAGCUAAGCCAAAAUCACUGAUCUUAGGACAGAAGUCUGCAUCCAGAAGUAUAUUCUGAGGCUUGAUGUCAAAGUGAACUAUUCUGGUGUUGCAACCCUGGUGUAAAUACUCCAAACCUCGAGCAAUGCCAACUGCA